GUCUCCAUCUACAGACCAGUUCGGGGAUCCGCGCUACCCGGACGGAGAUAUGAGCACUUCCGCCGCUCCGUCGUGUUCAUCCUCCCCCAGCUCAAACGUCACUGGUAUCGCCGUUACCGCGACAGCCAAGAACGACGUGUACGUCCCGGUGGAGAUCGUGAGCGAAGAAGAGAUGGCGUUCCUCGAAGCCGCCCUCGCCUCUACCCGUUCCGUCCUUUCCUCUUCCCCCUCCCCCUUCGUCUCCUCCGCCUGCUCUUCUGCCUCUCGCUUCGCCCUCGUCUCCCCGCUGCCCUCGGUCCUCUCUCACUCCUGCCGGCCUCAAUCCUUGGCCACGACGCCGAAUAUCGAGGAUUUCGUCCCGCCAAGAUCCUCCCUUCUUCGUCGAUUUCGGUCUAGGAGGGGGCUUUCGGUCACUGACAUCAUCGGCACGGAAUGGUGUGAGAAGCAAAUGGAGUUUGCCCUUACCCAUGGAAAACCAAAAAGAACUGUAGCUAUGAAAGCUGGCUCAGAUCGCCAUAGCCAACUCGAAAAGGAGGUUGUGGAGAAGGUAGAAAUUUGUACUGAGUCUGUCGAAGAAUACUGGGCGAUACAAUUGAUGAACUUCAUUGUGGGAGCGCACCAACUAUUAUUUGAAGGCUUAACUCGUGAGCUUCCUGUAGUAGGGAUUGUUGAAGAUACAUGGAUGGUGGGAGUGAUUGAUGAAAUUAGAUUAUCAAGAGAUGAAGAUACUGUUUGCACCUUCUUAGUGGAUACAAAGACACGCUAUAAAGCAACAGUGCCUUCGGAAGCACAAAGGAGAAAUGCCAGGCUCCAGCUGAUGUGCUAUAAAUACCUUUGGGACAAUUUGGUUACCACUAACUUCCCCAUGGAAGAAUUCUUUGAUCAUUUUAAGCUGAAUCGCCUAUAUAUACUGUCUGGAGAUGUCAAGGAACACAUUGCGUCAUUAGGCUUUGAUGUAAAGAUGCUCGAAGAUGUGUUCACUUAUUUUCAAGACACUUCUUGUAUGCUUUCCCUAUCUCAUGAGCAGCUUCUCCUGAGAUAUGAGUUGCAAUCAGAUCAUUCAUUACUGGGGGAAGACUCUUUUCUGUAUGAUGCUGGUUGGUUUCAGAAACAGAUACACAAGUGCCUUGAGUUUUGGAUGGGAGAUAGGGAAGCCAGUUUUGUCUCAGACGAUGAGAAAUGGAAAUGUAACUUUUGUAAGUUCACUUCCAUAUGUCCUCUGUCAGCUACUACCUCCAGUAAGAGUGCAAAAUAGGCAUUUUCAUGAAACCAGGUCUUUUUGUGGGGUUGAAGCAACCACUCAUCCACUGAUUUGUAACAGAGAUUCAAUUAGCAACCAUUUCUAAGUUAUCCUACGAAGUUCAGUUUGUAGCUUGGCAUGGACCGAGGCUGUCACUGACAAAGAUGAAUUGGUGCUGGCGAUACAGAGAGCCAAGUGAUGUGCUUUCUGGUCUAAUAGUUCUCAUUUCAGCUGACCAUGAAGCCACCUCUGUGAGUGCUGCUUCUGUCCCUACAAAAUUUCUAGUUAAACACUGUUGUCUACAAAAUUUAUCACCUCAACUAUAGUAUGGUUGUUCUCUAUUUAUGCUUUGUGAGAAAAUGCAAUGAAGGCUCAGUAGUUUAUAAAAUUCAUUAUCAUAUAUUGUCUUUUCAUAGCUUGUUUGAAAUUUCUGUAUGUGCUCAAACUUUGUGUUCUUCUCUACAAUGCAUAUGUACGUUAUUUUGUACA